CACAUUCAUCAGGAACUGCCUGCGGUGAGCACAAUAUUGCAAAACAUACAUAGGAAAAUAAAUUAGGCAGUACAGUCAUAGCUGUUAAAGGCAUUCAGAAAAAAAAAAAAAAAGUAAUUAAACAUUGUGUGGGUUCGUAUUUCGAACCUUUACAGGAAAUAAAGAAAAUUGUAUUACUAAAAAAUAAAAAGUUACAUUUAUUAUAAAAUGAUUUGUACUAUAUUGGAAACUAUUAUGAAUAUAUUGUGUAUAUAUUUUAUAGGUAUCUAUACUACCCUCUUGGUAAACUCACUUCUAUGUAGAUGUCACGCAAAUCUAUCGUUCCUCCCCUGAUCUCUCCCCGUCCCUCUUGAUUAGUGUCUCUGACUGUCUCUCUGCUAUUUCUAACUGGAUGGCUGCCCUCUUCCUUAAGCUCAACUUGCGGGGGGGAUAUGAUAGAAACAUUUAAAUACAUAAAGGGAAUCAGCACAGUAAAGGAGGAGACUAUAUUUAAAAGAAGAAAAACUACCACAGCAUCCGCCCCUACUUAAUGCCAGAUGUGGCUAAGGUGCUGUUCCAUGCCACUGUCCUCUCUCGUCUUGACUACAGCAAUCCACUUCUCACUGGUCUUACGUGCUCCCAAUUUGCCCCAUUGCAGUCUAUAAUUAAUGUGGUGGCAAGGCUCAUCUUCCUGUCCGUCCGCACCUCCCACGCCUCACCCCUCUGUUAGUCCCUGCAUUGGCUUCCCGUAAGAUAUAGGGCUCAAUAUAAAAUUCUGGUUCUUGCUUUCAAAUCUCUACAUGCUGCUCCCACCUAUCUAUCCUCCCUAAUGCGCAAGUAUGUCCUGUCGAGGCCCCCACUCUCUGCCGAAGACCUGCAUCUAUCCUAUGUUCGUACUCCCACCUCUGAUGCUCGUAUCCAAGAUUUCUCUCGGGCUACACUGUUCCCGUAGAACUCCCUUCCCUUUCCCGGUAGACGCUCACCUCGUCUCCACUCCUUAAAAAAAUCAUUAAAAACUAACUUUUUCACAAAAGCAUAUCAACUAAACUGUUAAUGACUCCAAAAAACCCCCACACUAAGUCUUCAUUGAAUACUAUUCUACCAAUCUACUUCCCUAAUACUGCAUUCUCUUCCUGUACUCUGUUUUUCUAAACAUUGCAAGUCUGUUCCCAUCCUAUGCUUAGCUGACUGAUGGUUUACUCAGUAACUCUGCAUAUUCCUGAAUUAAAUGCAAAACUGAGGCAAAAACAGCCUCACGGUGACUGGCCGAGAUGGAGAAUAUUUCCAGAUUAGAUAUUUCUUCCUGAGAUUUUAUAUUCGGUUUUGAUUUGCUAAUAAUCUCAUUGAAUAAACCUGAUUGGCUUUUCUUCUGUAUAGAAUGUGCAAACUGACAGGAUAAUACAUUCCGAACUCUCCAAUAACAAUAUUAUUCUCAGUUUCAGUCUGUCACCUUCUGGGGUCUACAUAUUUUUCCUCGAUGGUGACUUCACCACUUGGGGUGCAGUGGCUGCGGGGCGCAGAGCAAGGUGGGUUUUACUUCCCUGAAGCUGUCCCUUGCAGUCGUCCCCAUGUCCGCCUGUUGGAUUUGUCUCAGUAUAUCUUUUGAUUUCAUUAGAAUUUCACUGAAAUUCUAACACAGUCUCUAUGAGUAUUUCAUAAAGACAAUUCGUUUUUCUUUGAUAUUGAAAUGGAAAACAUCAGGAGGUGACAACCAGGAUGGUUUCCACGGGCCUGGAAGUCCUGGGGGGCUCGACCGGCAGGGCCCUACAUUCCCUAUCUGUAGCAGUGUAACUGUGAUGGGGCCCAUCAUGAGGCCAAUGCACUUGGGGACACCCAGUGGAAAUUUAUCUACAGGGACCCGGUCAGCUCUGCUGCCCUUUAAUAGCAUGAUCUGGGCACCCCUUCAUUAUGUCAGCCACAGUCAGUGCUGGGAGAAAGUGACUGCUGGUCACUUCCUCCCCGCUUUCUCUGCAUGGGAGGCAGAUCAGAGGCAGUGAGGAGGGGUGAGCUAGACCGACUCCCAUAAGCCCCAGCCACCCUCCUGCACCCAAAAGACAAAAAACAGGAGGGAGGCUAAAAAAUUACUUGUAUUUGUUUGUGUCAGUAUGUAUGUCUGUGUGUCAGUGUGUCAGUAUGUCUGUGUGUCAAUAUGUAUGCCUGUGCGUGUGUCAGUUUGUGUGCGUCUUUGUCAGUAUGUCUGUGUGUGUGUCUUUGUCAGGGUGUGUAUCUUGUGUUUCUGUCUUUUUGUGUGUGUAUAUUUUGUGUCAAUUUGCACAUAAGUGUCUGGGUAUCUGUGUGUGUAACAUGUGUCAGUGUGCCUGUAUCUGUAUGUUUAUCAGUGUGUCUUCUCUUGUCAGUGUGUGUGUAUAUGUGUGUCAUUGUGUGUAUAUAUAUCUGUGUUUGUGUCUGUAUGUGUAUUCUGUGUCAAUGUAUAUCUGAGUGUAUGUGUAUCUGUGUGGGUAUAUGUGUGUGUAACUAUGUGUCAUUGUGUGUGUCUAUGAGUGAGUGUAACAUGAGUCAGUGUGUCCGAUUGUCUGUAUCUCUGUGUGUGCGUGUGUAUCGGUGUGUCAGUGUAUUUGCAUGUGUGUCAGUGUGUAUGUAUGUGUAUCAGUGGGCGUGGAAGUGUAUAAACUACACACAAAUGCACGCCAGCACUCAAACACCAACAUUCACAAACAUACUACAUACAAAAACAUGCUUACUUUCAAAUACACAAUGUAAGCAUGUUAUUGUAUGUAUGUAUGUAUGUAUGUGUAUAUAUAUAUAUAUAUAUAUAUAUAUAUAUAUAUAUAUAUAUAUAUAUACACACACAUAUAUUUAUAUACACCCAUGCUUUACAGUGUGUGUAAAGUGGACACACAUGCACUAACACACACGGUGUCCAAUUUACACCCACUGCAUCCUUGUGGGUGAACUUAAAGGACCACUCUAGGCACCCAGACCACUUCAGCUUAAUGAAGUGGUCUGGGUGCCAGGUCCAGCUAGGAUUAACCCAUUCUUUUAUAAACAUAGCAGUUUCAGAGAAACUGCUAUGUUUAUGAAUGGGUUAAGCCUUCCCCCUAAUCUCUAGUGGCUGUCUCAUUGACAGCCACUAGAGGCGCUUGCGUGCUUCUCACUGUGAUUUUCACAGUGAGAGCACGCCAGCGUCCAUAGGAAAGCAUUGAGAAUGCUUUCCUAUGCGACCGGCUGAUUGCGCGCGCAGCUCUUGCCGCGCGUGCGCAUUCAGCUGAAUGGGCGGAGAGGAGGAGGAUCGGAGGCGGAGAGCUCCCCGCCCAGCGCUGGAAAAAGGUAAGUUUUUACCCUUUUCCCCCUUCCAGAGCCGGGCGGGAGUGGGACCCUGAACGUAUAUAUUUUCCUGGCACUAUAGUGGUCCUUUAAAGGCAGACCCUGAGGGCAGGCUUGGAGGCUGACCCCUGGUGGCCCAGACCUUGAACUGUGUUAGGGCAGAUGGCAGCCCUGGGUAUAAGGGAUGCAUGGGUUACAUAUUAAAAUAAUUUCAAUAUAAAAAGUAAAUGUAACCUUAAAACCAAGCAGGAACAACUCAGUGUGUCAGUGUGUUUUCUCUCUCUUAUUCAGACUCAUGAAGAAUGAAAUAGUUUAAAAGAUUUUGCGUCCACAUGAAACUGCCGCUUCGACGUCUUUGGCCGGCUUUUAAUGGAAUCCAACGACCUGCUUUGAUCUGAGCUCCUGUCUCGAUCAGGUGAAGAGAUGACAAUGUUAUUUCAACCAUGAAAGGGUUUUUUGCUAAAGUGUGAAUUGUUGGGAAUUUUAAAGUGGAUUUUUAGAUUUUAGGUUACAAUACCCCGAAUUGGAAAAACCAGCCAAAUUGACUGUUUUUGGUUCUUUUGAAAUCGACAUUUCAAAAGAACUAUAUAUAUAUAUAUAUAUAUAUAUAUAUAUAUAUAUAUAUAUAUUAUAUUCUUUAUAUAUUCUAUUCAUUAUUUAUGAGACAACACAGUUGUACAAAUGAGACAAUGCAGCUUUAUAGGGGACUAUAAUCCUGAUGAGCUCAACCAAUCCUUUGCUUUCCCAUAGGGAAGCACUGGGGGGCUAGGACGCAUGUGCCGCAAUCGCUAUGCUGUGCCAAUCGACAUCUCUUCACGGGGAUACAUUAAGUCAAUGCAUUUCUAUGGGGAGUGUUGAGAUGCUGAACAUUGGUCCUGCAAACCGUACCCAGGAAGUCCCUCUAGUGGCUGUCAGAGUGACUGAUUUUCAGAGUGACAGCCACUAGAGUGUGACUUAGACAGCAAUGUAAACACUGUGUUUACUCACUUAAGGCAGCGUUUACAUUUCUCAGGCUGCAGGGACAUGUGAUAUUACCCAGAAUCACUACAUUAAGCUGUAGUGGUUAUGGUGUCUCUAGUAUCCCUGUCAUUAUAAACAUUGUAAAGUCAACAAAAAGUGACAAAACAUAAGGCACGUGGAGGAUAGUAUAGAAGGGAAGAAUGAUACAGAACAAUGAACACCUAAUUAAGUAGAUGUGUAGUCCAACCAAGGAUCCUAUUUUUUUUGAACGGUGGGAAGAAUAUAAUUACGGAUGCUGUAAUUUUGGAAGAAAGGAAUAUCGUUCCCUUACGGCACUUUUACUUAAUGGGGAAGAAAAAGAGGACAAGUUAAAUUGCUUUAUAAUGAAUAUUCCUUAAAGAAAAGCAAUAAAUGUACUUGUUAUCCAACACCAGGAUAGACUCCACGCAACAGUCUACCCACUUUGUGUUCUAACCCCGCCCAGACUUUCUGUGACUGACCAAUCGCAGACUUCCCAAUGCAGCCCAAUGAGAAGUCUUUGCAAAGCCGGUGCUCUGGGCAAUUGCUGCCCUUUGAGUUUUGCUCCACUGAGCUAAACAAACCAGGAAGUAACAGGAUCAUUGUCUGAUUGACAGAUUUUUGGUUGGUGAUUUUUACUGAAAUAUGCAUUUCUUGUAAAUAAAAAAAGAGGACACACUCUUCAUGCAUAAAGAACUUCAGCAAGCUAACUGCUUUAGGUCUGUGUAGUGUUACUUUAACUCCCACUAGGGCAGCAGAUCAGGGUAUUUAUUUUUGUUAAGAGUAAAGGAAGUUGUAUAUUCAGUAACUAUUCCUGUAGUUGCUGUGAUACUGUGAUUACGUCGAUGUAGCCCUCUGAAGAGGAUUGGUUGACAAGGGAGAAGAGAAAACAUAUUUUUAAAUGUAUUUUUUCUUAAAUCUUUACAUUUGCUACCACGUCUACCUACGUAUAAAUCAAAUUUGUUGUAUUCUAAUCUUAAAGAAAGAAAAUGAUCUAUUAUACAUUUUUUACCUAAUGUGGGAACACGUUUUCUCAAACUUGCAGGAAUUAAACGAGGCCAGGAGAUUGGAUCCCCACAAAAGCAUGUUUUCAGUAUAUGUUCAGCUCCUCUUCUGCUUAGUACCAUUUCUAAUCCAUUCUAAUGCUAUAGAAAUUCCACUUUCAGGUGAGUCCUAUUUAUUAUUAUUGUUUAUAGGCAUUGAUAGAUAGUUGUAUUAUUUAGGAUGAAUCCAGCCUUGUGUGGCAGUGAUGGACUGGAAGCCACGAGAUAAGACAGCUCUCUGAGUGACUGCAGAGAGUACGGACUAUGGGUUCUGCAGAGAGCCCUGGUAUUUAUAUCCAUUUAUUUAGAAUUAGCAAGGACAUCCAUGUAAAAAUAGGAAGACAAAGAAACUUGGUGUUCUUGUCCUUAAAACUAUUUGAGGAAUUGGCCCAGUUGCAAGCGGUUUACUGGGUCCAACAGGAGGGAAGUGGUCAAUCCCCACAAUAAACCAUACAACAGCGUGGGACCGAGCUUAAAAAUAAUCUUACCCACUGACAAAUGUCCUGCCUUUUGCUGCGGAACAGUAUUGUAAGUAAAUAAAUAAAAGCAGACCUGAUGGUGGGGGGUGGACCUUUUAUACUUUUACUACUUAGAAUAGUUUUUUUAUGUCCUGACUGGUGCAGGUGGUGAAAUUAAGACGGAGGAUUUAAAUACAUAAAGGGAAUCAACACAGUAAAGGAGGAGACUAUAUUUAAAAGAAGAAAAACUACCACAACAAGAGGACAUAGUCUUAAAUUAGAGGGACAAAGGUUUAAAAAUAAUAUCAGGAAGUAUUACUUUACUGAGAGGGUAGUGGAUGCAUUGAAUAGCCUUGCAGCUGAAGUGGUAGAGGUUAACACAGUUAAGGAGUUUCAGCAGGCUCGGACUGGCCAUCGGUGGGCCGCAGAGGCCAUGGGCCAAGGCCGGCAGGGGAGGUCACAGGAUCUCCCCAGCCAGUCUAUGCAGGACCGGCACUAUCCAAGCGCCGGCCCUGCUGUUUUCCAUGACAGGCCAGUGGGGAGAUCAAAUAUCUCCCUCACCGGCCCACUUGCAUAGACAUGCAGCUGGGGAGGGAGGGGAGGACCCGGCGGAGCUUUAUCUUGCAGAGAUCUUGAGAGAUCUGGGGCAUUUCCAUGGCAACUCCCCCAUCUCGCGAUAGUGAACUCUAGCCAGCACCACUAGGACCACCAGGGAUGGUGUAAGAAUGCCGACCGCACCUCUCAGGUACCACCGUGCUGGUCCCCCCUCACAGGCUAUAUGUAAGAAGGGAGGGGGGCAUAUAAUGCCUGCUUAUUUUUUGUUUGUUUUUUACACCCCCAACACACAAUCCCUUCUAAAAUUCACACACCGCACCCUCACACACAUCACACACACGCACGGCGCCCUCACCCACAGCACCCUCACACACAGCAGCCUGACACACAUCAUACACUGCACCCUGACACACAUCACACACAUCACCCUCACACACAGCACCCUUACACACAGCACUCCCACCCACAACACCCCUCACACAUACACACAGAACCCCCCCAACACGCUGCACCACACACACACACAAUACAUAUAUAUAUAUAUAUAUAUAUAAAUAUAUACUACAGCUUCCCUCACACACAUACUGCACCCCUAAACACUUUACAUUUCAGACACACACAAGAUCCCUUACCCACCUCUGGAUCAUCUACACACAGACACACACUAGAUCCCUAUAUACACUUUGAAUCCAUUUGUAACAGCACUCCCAGGCAUAAAAGGGUUAAACCGCCGUUUAGUAGAUCUUCCCCUUCCAGAGGCACAGCUACUGCAGAACCCCAAACUCCCGAACAGGAUACCAAGUAGCACUCCCAAUUCCCGAACUGGAACCUCACAAAUAGCUGCUAGCAGCUGAACAGGAAAAGCACCCAAGCGGCUUACACUCCUGGCAAUCAGUCUCUAACAGCAUACAGUAAAUCCCCCCAAGAAUGAGAAAAAAGCUUCGUGUUGAAAGUCAAGCAGUGAACAGACAGAGCUGUGGGUUUAUUGUUCUUAUAUACACAUUAGUGCCACCCACAGGGUUUUGGAAAACAACCAAUAAACACAUACAAUACACUCAGACACUCCCACAAAAUCCUCCCCGCUGCUUUUGAUAUAAUUACCUUACACGAUGGGUAAUGUAAUUAUCACCGGCAGAGAAAUACAGUUUUUCCACAUUAUUCAUAACUUUAAAAGUAUGCAUCACAUUCACAUAAAACAUUUUCAGAAUCAGCAUACCCCAAAUACAAACAUACGUCAAAAUCAUACAAAUUGGUCCAUUGGUUCAAAAGAUAGAUCGAAGUCCUUUGUGACCAAAUAAAGCAUGGCUUUUCUGCCCAAAACCAGUUCCACAGAGUCUUCUAUCCUGGAGAUAAUUGGGAAGUAAUCCAAUUAUCUCCAAGGACAGAGGCAAAACUCCAUUAAGGACAUGGCAGUAAAAAGAUAGUAAAAUACAAUAAAAUACACAAGGUUACAUUUAUUACAUAAAAUACAGACAUGCAACAUAUCCCCAGAUAGCUCAGAUCUGAGCGCACAUUAUUACUGAAUGGCGUUCAGAGCACACAAAUACAGUUCAAUUGCCAUGGAGCCAAAGUCUUUCCCAUAGUCUUUCAUUAUAGGAAUGGGCUCCAUGGCAUAGCUAUCUGGGGUAUCACCGUUCAAACAGGGCAAGCACCGAAUGACCCGGCUUUUAUGUCUUUGCAGAGGAAAAUUAAGCAUUUCAACAUGGGGCCAUAGUCUAAAGGCAGCAGGCGGGCAACCAGGCUCCUCCAAUGCACAGUGGUGAGAUUGGUCUUGCCACACCGUUAUAUACACACACUCACUAGAUCUCCUAUACACAUUCUGGGUCCUUCAAACACACACUAGACUCUUAUACACACACACUACAUUUCUAACAUACACACUCUGGAUCCCCUAUACACACACUAGAUUCCUUGUAAGCAAACACAUUCACCCCUAAACACAUACUCUCUACAACCCCUACAAACACUACAUCACCUACACACACACACACACACACUAUAGCCUGUAUGCACACACUUACUACAUCCCCUAUACACACAUUAUCUACAGCCCCUAGCCACAUAUGCAUUACAUUACACCACAAGCACAACACGACUAAAACCGACCUUAUUACACAAUACCACACCACAAUCAGCUCACUCUACACACACGCAAUCCCACAAGCAGGUUCCAAACACAUGCGCAAUACUCUUUCCUGGCCCUUUUGUCUCCUGGUAUCCAUUUAUAGAGACACCAGAGACAAGUUGCAAGGAAACACAGUGAAAGCAUGUUAUUAAAUUUACUUGCCCUGUGCAGAAUAAAUACAGGGCUUUUUUCUCAUGCUAGAGCUCUUCGGCAGAGCUCUGCGCAUGGUCUGCCCUGGAAGAGCAUUGAACCAACAUGCUCAAUUUGAGAGGGGGCAUGUUUGUCAUUGGUUAUGGCAAAACACACCCUCUCUGCCCAGCCCCCUUUGGUUCGUAUCUGCCGUCACAUUCUAUGUUUCUAAGUGAUGCUGCGAUGGUUAACCAGGAAGUGUUAGCUUAUUUGGACACGUUACAGUUUGUCAUUUCAUAAGUAAUCCACCUGAUUUGCUUGCUUACAAACAGGACCUGUGAAAAUACACAGUCAUUACAAUUAAGUGGUCUAAUUUACUGGUUAAAGCAGCUUAUUGUACAGAAAUGUUCUGCAAAGUUAAUUUUAAUGACGGUGUUUGUUAUCCCAUUAAGUGGAGCAGUUGCCGGUGAUUGUCGAUGUCAGCGAGGAGUCCCAGGUGGCAUUUCCAGUAGAUGAAGAAUUUAGCAUCAAAUGCAACGCUAAAGGAAACCCAGCUCCAGUGUAAGAUUUAAUAUUAUUUUAUUUUAACUGCGUGGUCAGUGCUAUACAUGCUCGCUAUUUGCAAGUAAUACACAAGACCGUAUAUCUAGAUGCUGGGUGGCAGGAUACCAGUGGGUGUGGAAGCAGGAGAGAUAAAAUGGGGGAAAGGGAAGGACAAAGGAGUAGAAUAGAGCUUAGGGACUAGCAGUUGCAAGCUGUCACUGUUACCAACAGUUGGUGUUUAGUAGCUAUACUAGGAUUCUACGCCAUGUCAGAUACAUAACUCCAGACCUUUUGUUGUUUGUUUCUGCUAUGUGAUUAUUAUUAUUAUUUUUUUUUAAAUUAAACAGGAAGUUUACGUGUAUAAAGAAUAAUUGUAUGUUUUAUAGUGUGUGACUUUUAAACGAUAAUGCUUUUUGAUACGGUUUAACGGGGGAAUAGAAACUACUUGUCCAAGGGACUAUGACAUGACAAGCUGCUUGUUCUGAUCGAGAAAAUAAUUUCAGAUAGAAAGACUGCGGCCCGCAGAUUUCACAAUCCAGGACAGGUACCCUCAAAUGUCAGUCUGUCCCGUAAAAUGUUAGACUGCUGGCACCUAUGUGUUUGAUCUGUGUCUAGCACGUGUGCAUUUAUACUGGCUUUGUGUGUGUGUGUGUGUGUGCUUAUGUGUUAAAUGCUUGCUGUGAGCAGUAUUUGUGUUUAUGUGUUGUGCACUGAUUGUGUGCUGGCUGGGUAGCAUGUGUUUGUGUUGUGUGCUGGCUGUGUGUGUGUGAUGGUGCUUGAGGCGGACAUCCCGAUGGGAAGAGGGGUUUCGCCAUCAGAGAUGUUCGUUUCCCCCAGUGUGAGUAGAGCUGCAAUAAUCCUGGAAGCGAUUAUCCUAAAACACAGUGAAAUAGCUGUUAUAGCUGUUCCCUACAGACACAAGACAAGGCUCUGUGUUGAGGGUAAAACUGGAACUGCUUUAAUGGAAGCCACAGCUGGACUUUUAUGCAAGGGGUUUCUGGUGACACAUUCCAUGGACAUUCCCCACUGGACCUAAGAGGGGACAGCAACAUAAGCACACACAUAAUUACAUUGCCUCUCAGGUCCAGAACAAGCAUAAUAAAAAUAUCUUAAAAUAUAUAUUUAAUAGUGAGAUAUCCCUUCAAGUUCAAUAUCCCAGGAUAGCCUAAGUCUGAGUGCCCAACAUAUCCUGAAAGCGCUCAGAUCCCAUGAACACAGCCGAAACGCCACCAGGGUAUAGUUUAGACCGACCGCACAUAAGGCGCCUGCCCAAAAUAGUUCCUUGAAAUUAGGCUGUGCAGUCAGUCUCUUUCAGUACAAAUAACAGUUCAUGCAGACAUUCACAGAGUAUCUGUGGUUCGAGGGAUGUUUCUACUUUGUUCGAGGGAUGUUGCCACUUUGUUCGUAUAAAUAAUACCAAACAUAUUUGGAAAUGAAAGUAUCAGCGGUGUUCGUUUGCUCUCUGUGUUUGUGUCCGAAGAUGGCCGCCACCACGUGUUCACACAUACAAACGAUGACCACCCAGCUGACCGCUUAGAAUGUUAAGGUGCUUGUGGUUACAGAGGUGUUAGCAGAGGUUAAUGGGGUCAACGAGUGGCACACUCUGCAUAUGGGUGGUUUGGCGUUCGGUAGAUUAUUCGGUAUUCGAAUGGGGCAAAGUUAACAUUUGUGGUGGAUGUAUUUCGCAGAACAAACAGGCGAAGGGAAGAAAGAGCUGUAAAAUCCAGGGACAGGGACGUUUGUCACAUUGCUUUAUUUUUGCCUGCAUCCUGUUCAUCUUUCUGUCGAGAGUGGGACAAUGCACAUUUGCAGUCCAGCAUGGGUUAAAACUCUUUGGUUGUGUGGGAUAAUGUGGUCUGCAGGUGCAGGCCACAUUCAUUGCUCCCUCCCAGUUUCGGCGCUCAGUGAUUCAGAACACAGGUUGUGACUACCUGCUGAACUCUUACUCAUUAGUGAGCGCCAGACCACAAGGUAGCAUUUACCGUGGUCUGCACCUGCUAGAGUUACAGACCACACACACUUUCUGUAGCAGUUCUGCUGCUUGCCUUUGACAAGGCUAAAUGAUUUUAAAAAAAAACGUCCUGCCCAGUGCCAAGAACUACAUUUUACUGGUGUCAUGCAAGAGGAAUUCUCCAACACUGUUUACGUUAGGGUUUCAAUGUGAUGCCAUAUAUCCAACAUGGGUUUUCCCAUAUGAUGUAUAGGGACUUAGCUGCUAACUUCUUUACACCAAUCUAGUUUUGAGGGCUAGUGGCAUCCGGUAAUGAGUAGAGACAGGUUUGGAAAGCUAGCACUCAUACAGAAUAACUGGCUGGCAGGUAAAAUGCGUGGACAAUAAUUUAAACCAGGUCUGGAGCUACAUGGUGGCUUUUUGGGACUGUCUUUAUGGGGGCUAAUGUUUCCAGAUAGUCCAUCUCGUCCUUAGAUUCCCACUGUAGUUGAAUAUCCCUGAUUGCUUUUGUAUGUCCUCUUCACUCUAAGCUUAUUGCCAUGAGCAAAUGGGUGGAGCUUUUACAAAUGAUUGACAGGAGGCGCCCAGUUACAGGAUAGGGGUAAAUACAGCAGUGUGGAUUUGUAAAUUUUAUUGUUCACACCUCACCAACCUCACCAACACGUAUUUCCUAAAUACACAGAGUACAAGGAAUCCUGGGAAAUGAUGGCUCAGUUUCAAGAUAUAAACCAUUGUAAGCAUUUUAUCUGGAUAUUCUGCCCCUAUGCAUUUUCCUUUUGCAGAUACAAGUGGACGAAGGAUGGGAAGCAGUUUGAUCCGUACACUGACCCCAACAUAAAGACCAGCGACCAAUCAGGGACUUUCACCAUCCUUCCAAAUGAUAAUAUAUCCCACUACGAUGGCGUGUAUCGCUGCUACGCUUCCAAUCCACUGGGAACCGCCAUGUCUGAAGAUACCAAAUUCAUUGUUCCAGGUAAAUUGGGCUUUACAUGUGUUGCAAUGUGUAAUGCCCCAUGCUGACUCCGUUUGCAGAUGUGCAUAGGGAUUAAUUUAAUGUCUCUGAAAUUUUUAUUUAUGAAAGUGCCAAAUUUAAGAUAAUAAAGCACUUUGAUCCAUUUUACAGUAGCACCUCCUGGACAUCAUGCAGGGCAGAAUGGAUUCUUGCUUCAUUCAUUUUUAACUAUAGUUUGAAGCAAAAGUGAAUUAUUUUCACAUAGAGAAGCACUGGUAUCUAGCACGGGACAGGCUGAUUAAAGGUACACUCCACUGACAAAAUACACAAACAAUAUAUAUAUAUAUAAAAACAUUUAAUUAUGCAUUUAUUUCUUGAUCACUAUAUAAAAAGUGAGGUAGAUGCAAAUCAAUGGUCUGCAAGAGACGAGAGCAGUGCUGCAGCAACUUCACACUGUAGUUCCACCAGUGUACAAUGGCAGCAAAAGGAAUAAAAUGGAGUCAUGCACAACUGAUAUCAAAGUGCACACCCUGGUGCUACCAAAUUAUUAGAAGGAGAAUGUACAGCAAACGUUUCGGCCAGUAGUCCUUUAUCAAUGCUAAUGACAUUGCUAAAAUAUAAAAACCACUUGAGAAGCUACAUAUCUCUUAUGUGUAUGUAUGUGUGUGUGUAUAUAUAUAUAUAUAUAUAUAUAUAUAUAUAUAUAUAUUUAAAUUCUAUGUGUAUAUUUUUUAAAUCUUUUUUAUAUAAAUAUGUAAUUUUAUUAAUUACGAUUUAUUUGAGGGACCUGUCUGACAACCCAGGCAGAAAGUCCUGAGAAUUUAAAUUCCAAGCCAUAUAUUUAACCCUGUAACUUUCGAAAAAACACCAUAAAACCUGUACAUGGGGUACUGUUAUACUUGGGAGACUUCGCUGAACACAAAUCCUAGUGUUUCAGAACCAUAAAAUGUAUCCAACAAUGAUAUCAUCAGUAAAAGUGCAGUUUUUGUGUGAAAUUUAAAAAACAAAUAUGAAUGCUAAAAAUGGCCAGCAUUUGUGACUAAGUGGCUACUAAAGAACACUUGACAUACCCCAUUUUGAAUACCUUGGGUUGUCUACUUUUUCUAAUGGUAUGCCUGUGGCAGAACCGCUGCCUGUCCAUGGAUUUUCCCUUUCUUUUACAUGUGUUUCCCCGUAUAUUAAUUUAUUGUUCCCCCUCCCCGUUUGGGAGUGCUAUCCCCAAAGGGAAUUCAUUCACCUCCCGAACGGGGACCACCCCAAUACUUCAUUUAGAAUGUUAUGUUAGAAUGUUAACACCUCGCAACAUAGGUGUCAAACCACAAAGGAAAACAGUUAAUGGGUGCUUUCCUGGGCGGCCGCCAUUCGUACCGACGAACGCCACCAGGGGGAGCAUUCAUGGAUUGUUUCAUGACUCGUUCAUCUCCCAAAUGAGGACAUCUCCGGUGCCCAUUAGAAUGUUCACAUUAAUUAAUCCAAACGUUUGCACUCGCAACCUAAGUGUGAAACCGCAAGGGAAGUAAUUAAUGAGUGCUCCCCUGGGUGGCUGCCAUUUCGUAUAGACAAAUGCCACCCAGAGGGAGUAUUCAUAUCCUGAAAGGAGACGCUUCCCUUGCAGGUUUCACACAGGGACCUCGCGUGCGGAGCCUGGUCGAGACAGGUCCCGCUGUGAGGAUCCCUGAGGUUGGUGGGGACACUUCUGGGGCACUGGCUAGGUUGGCUGGCUUGUUAGUGCCUGCAGGGAGAAAGAGACCAGCUCGUUUCCCUUGGGAGGGCUUUUCUGUGCCUGGUAGACAAAGGGAUGAUGGACCCUUUUUAAUGCGCCUGGACUCCCAGGCACAGAGGCUCCUGGGAAGAAGAUUCCCGGGCAGCUAAUGUGUGAAAGCCUGUGUUUGGGUGGUGGGCUUGAGGACAAAGAGAACAAAGUUGUUUUACUGCGCUGGGCCCCCAGGGAGGUGAAGAAGCUUGGGAUGUGACCCUGUAUGUGGAUGUUGAAGAAUCCCUUGCAUGGGGUUAUGCAUAAAAGCCAAGUGUGGCACAAUAUAAACGUGUUAUACCUCCAUGACAGUUACUGGGGGGGAAAUGGGUCUCUGUGCACUUUAAAUGGUUCCUGACCAGCUGAAGGAAGGGAAUUAGCGGAGGUAACCAGUCGGGUUGUGAAGGGGUUAAGGGCUGUGCUAAGGACUAGUAAGAGUAGUCUAAAACAAUAGAAACCAGACCAAAUGGUCUAAAUGGAUAAACAACAAGUAGGCCCAUGUAGAUAAUAAGAAACAGUGGAGAAUAAACAAUCUCACUUUAAACAACAGAAUAGAAAUAGAUCCAUCCAAUAUAAUGUGGGGGUUAAUAAAAAGUCAUAUAAAAGUCUCACUAAUAUUUCUGAAUAAGAUAGGGGUACAGUCCUCGGGAGUUGAUCCGUCCGGAUUGAUAAAAUAUCCGUAUUUGUGGAGACAAAAGGAGAAAACGACAAACAGCCGAUAGUGUAAUAUUGUAAAAUCCAAUGGUAAAAUAGAUAAAAGGAAGGUAAUACACUCACAUUUGUGAGAGCUUUAACCAGCUCUGGGGUGAAGGGCUUGUAGCGGUAUAAUCCCCGCUAGAGGAUAUACUGGAGAGGUGCGUCCGUCACUCCGGCCUGGUUGAUUCAGUGCUCCAAGGUCUAUAAAAAACAGCAAUAAUGCUAUGAGUAUAAAAGGAUAGAGUGAUAAUAUAUAUAUAAAAUAUGCUCACAAGUAUAGAGCAGAAGGUACUGCUCUAUCAAUACAGUGUUGGUGGAAUGAUCCCCAGCUAAGAUUUCUUGAGUCAGGAUACAAUAAAAGAUGCCAGGUAGAAUUACAAAUAAUACAAAGUGCAUAUAAAAUCCUAUAAACUGAAAAUUGGUCCCAUAAAAAGGGUAACCAAAAGACUUUUAUUGUUAAAAUACACAAAUUAAAACCAUAAAGCCUUAAAGGUGAAACGCGUUAAUGGUUUUAAAUUGUGUAUUUUUUAUAUACCUUGGAGCACUGAAUCAACCAGGCCGGAGUGACGGACGCACCUCUCCAGUAUAUCCUCUAGCGGGGAUUAUACCGCUACACGGUUUUAUUGAGUUGCUGCUUAUUAUUCUUGUUAUUUAGCGCUGACUCUUCCCCCUUGUUCUUAACCAGUCGGGUUACCUGUGGUCUGCUACAAUGCCAUCACGGAGAUAAUCUCAUUCCUCGGCUACAAUUCGGUCUUAAAGGCAACAUAACCAAUCUUGCAAAUUUCAAUGUGCAAAAAAAAGAACUGGACAAGUCUUAUAUUUGAUCCUGUAACUUUCCAAAACCAUAUGAAACCUGGAUGUGGGGAGUACUGUUUUACUUGUGAGAUAUUACGGAGUACCAAUAUAUUGUUGUUGAGCAAAAAGAACAUAUAAUGCUGAUGAUAUCAUCGGUGAAAGGGCAGUUUGUGAAAAAUGCAAAAAAAACUAAAAUGAAAGCUAACUUUUUGUGUAUGGGUCCACUUCAUAUGAAAGAGGUGAAUUAUGGUCGUACAGACUAAUAGCGAAAAUUCCAGGUUUUUAAUUCGAACUUGUAAAAUUACCUCCAUAAUUAAGGGGUUAAUUGGACUUUCAGCUGCAAACUGUCUUCUAUUUUCUGUAUAUAACACCAUGUUUCCCAAUCUCUCCUCUGUGUGCUCCAGGGGUUCCUAAAUUUCCAAAUGAAGCUGUUCCACCUGUUGUCGUAGAAGAGGGUAAACCUGUGGUUUUACGGUGUGACCCUCCCCAGGGUUUAUCUCCGGUUCAUAUAUACUGGAUGACACUUGGUAAGUUUAGCAAUGUUUAAAUAUCUUGUGUG